CAGAGGGAGGGAACUUUCAGCCUUAGCACGUUGCGUUUGACGUUGCAUCCUCUUUCCAGCCUUCUUGUCUGUCCUGCAAGCGUUAGUUUGGGGGUGGUAAAGCGAAUAGAGAGAUUAGCCUUCUCGCUAAUUUGAAAGUAUUAUGGCUGGUAGCGCCACCAAGACGGUGUACGACAUUUUCCAAAGUAUGGAGUACGGACCAGCAGCUGUUUCCAGCACUGUCACGGCACAGGCCUGGCUCGAUCAUCAUUCUCGUUCCCUGGGUUUGUUCAUCGAUGGCAAGUUUGUCCGACCAGCUGACAGACAGAGUUGCUCCCUGACAGACUCUAAAGGUGCUAAUGUGUGCACCACUGUUUGCGCUGUUGAGGACGAUGUUUCCCUAUGCGCCUCCUCAGCUGUUAAUGGCUACAAGGCCUGGAGUGGGAUGACGUGCCACAGCAGAGCUAAAGUGCUGCUCAGGUUGGUGAGCUCUCUCGGCCAGCACACCAAGUGUGUGUUGGAGCUGUGUGAGCUGUGUGAGGCCUCCUGCUCGCCCUCCGCCCUCGUCAGACUGCUGCAGUACUACAGCAGCUGGGCUCAACUCAGGGACACUCUCAUCACCAACUGGACACCACUGGGUGUGGUGGCAGUUGUCGUCUCCGAUGACUGCUCUCUCUAUUCUCUUAUGCUCAAAGUGCUACCAGCACUGGCCAUGGGUAACUCUGUAAUCGUUGUCCCUGGUCGCAGCACCGCUGCUCCAGCGCUUCUUUUGGCUCAGCUUUUUGUGGGUGCAGGACUUCCUGCUGGGGCCCUUAAUGUUCUAACAGGAAGUGACAUAAUGUUGGGUGCCACAGUGGCCCAGGACCCACGCAUCAGCUACAUCACCUACUGUGGCAACAAACAGGACGGAGUAAAACUGUGCAAGGCCACAGCAGGGAUGGGCGUUCCCAUUUCUGUCUCCCCCUGCAUUGGUGCCACAUGUCCCUUCAUCAUUUUUGAGUCCGCUGACAUCGACAGCGCUGUGGACGGAGUGAUAGAGGCUGCUUUCAAAAAGAAGAAAGAGGUUCACUGGGUGUUGUGUGUGCAAGAGAGUGCGUUAGACAGCGUUGUGGCUCGUCUAAGUCUGCGUAUGUCAGGCAUGAAGUGUGUCGGCCUGUCCAGUGAAGCAGACAGAGUCCUGGUGGAUGCUGCAGUACAGGAGGCUCAGCAGCAGGGGGUGAAGUUGGUUCAGUCCUGCACUGCCGCUCCCUCAGGUGCUCUGUACCCUCCCACAGUGCUCUGUGGCGCCGCCCCCUCCUCUUCAUUUGUGGUCAACCCUUGUCCAGGACCGCUGCUGCCUCUCAUGACCUUCAGAAGCAACACUGAAGCAGUGACUCUGGGGAAUCACAGUCCUCAUGGCCUGGCAGCCUCCAUUUGGACCGAAGACCUCACUCUGGCUCUGGAGACGGCAAAGAGUCUGUCAGUUGGCUCAGUAUGGGUAAACUCCCACUCUGUGUCAGACCCUUGUCUCCCUGUCUCUGGUCACAAAGACAGUGGCACCUGCACUGACGGAGGACAGGAGGGUUUGUACCAGUUCCUACGUCCGUCUUGUUGUUCCUGUCCUCUUCCUAGCUCCUCCCCCGUCUCUUUGGACUACACCAAGUUUGGAACAGCAGCAUCUCCAGCUAUUAUUGUUCCUGAUGAGUCUGCCAGUUCUCCUAAGUCAUACCUGCAGUUUGUGGGAGGGAAGGCAUGUAAAGCUGAAUCUGGCUGCAGUGUGGCUGUGCAGCCACCAGGAGGUGGCAGCGUGUUGGCCUAUUGUCCAGAUGGAGGACGGAAAGAUGUUCGAAACGCUGUGGAAGCAGCAAGCAAAGUGCAACCUGGCUGGAUGAAGAAAAGCCCGUCUGCACGCGCUCAGUCUCUCUACUCUCUGGCCAAGAACCUGGAGUCAAAGAAGAAAGACAUGGCUGCAUCACUCAGCAUCCAGGGCACUUUGUCAGCGGAGGAAGCUGAGAAUGAGGUGGACAUCAGCUCUGCCCGGCUCAGCGACUGGGCAGCUUACUGUGAAAAACUUCAAGGAGGAUCUCUGCCUAUGCCGCAGUCUGGCUCUGCCCUCUCCAUCCCUGAAGCCCUGGGAGUCGUGGGCCUGGUCCUCCCAGACAAGAACCCCCUCCUCUCCAUGGUGACACUUCUUGGUGCAGCAAUAGCCACCGGCAAUGCCGUCAUCAUGGUUCCCAGUCAGAAGAAUCCACUGCCUGCUUUGGCAUUCAUUCAGGUGCUCCAGGCGUCAGACCUGCCAGCAGGUUUGGUAAACAUCAUUUCAGGGAGCAGGGACCAGCUCACAGUGGCUCUGGCUAAUCACAGUGUCUUAAAGGCCAUCUGGUACUGGGGCAGUGCUGAGGGCCGUCAGUACCUGCAGUACUCCUGCACCUGCCCUCUGAAAACCCUGCGCCUCUCCUGCCAAACGGAUGACGGUGGGAUGGAUUGGACUCAGUCUCAUCCCUCGCUCCUGGAGGACAUGUGGAGAAGUGCGGUGCAGUGGAAGAGCGUGUGGAUUCCCACUGCAUAGAAAGAUUAAAGGUGACAGGAUUACGAAAUGGAGAAAGAGAUGAUGAAGGAAGUGUCACAGACACUCACUUCUUCUUAUUGUAACCUUUAUAAAAUGCAGGAUCAGGUACUAACUGUGACUGUUAAAUUCACAAGAUGCCUUUGAAAUGAAAAGUGAACAGACAACACAAUGCUCUCAGUAGCU